AUAGAAAAUUAUAAAAUAAUUUAUUUUGAGUUAUUUUAUAUUUCUUAUGUUUACCAACCUACCGGAACAAUACAAUUGACAUUUACUUCUGACGUCAAACCUGUCCAGUUCUGCCAUUACGGAAUAGUUUUUGCUUCUUUGAAUAUGGCUUCAGGAAAAAAAGGAAAAAAGACCAAAGGGAAAACCCUUGCGUUGACCGACUUUUUACAAGAAACUCCCGGUGCUCUACCGACUCAGCCAAUUAGGAAAUCAACUACUAGCUGGGCGGAUGAAGUUGAUGAUUAUGAUGGCUAUGAUUCAAGACCAAAAAUGGUUAAUGUUGUCCUCCCUACGGCGCCAAAAGCUUCUAGAGAUGUUGAAGAUAUUAGUGAAAAGGUACCGCAGGAACCGCCAUACAUAGCGUACCUAUCAAACUUACCCUAUGAUGUAGAUGAAGAUGAAAUCGCAUUGUUUUUUAAAAAUUUAAGGAUUGCUAACAUGAAAAUUCCCAAGAAUGAAAGAUCUGGUGAGGCACCUAAGCUCAGAGGAUUUGGUUAUGUAGAAUUUGAAGACCGAGACAGUUUACUGAAUGCUUUAAUAAUUCCAGACACUAUGUUAAAAAAUCGGCGCAUCCGGAUUGAAGUUGCUGCAAAUGUGGACAAUGAUCGCAGAAGAGGAGGGCGGAUGGGUGACAUGGGACGUUCUGACAGAAAUCCUAGUGAUUCAUUUGGUGAUUGGCGAUCAGGAAAUCGUUCCAGUGACCAAGGCGACGAACGUAGAGUUUCUUCAUUCACACGGGAGGGCAUGCGCGACAGUAGAGAUGUGGGUCGCGAUAGAGACCGUGGUUUUAACCGGGACAGGGACUUUGGAAGGGAUAGGGAUAGUGGUUUUGGUAGAAAUAGAGAUCAAGAUGACCGGCCAGGUGCAUGGAGGGAUGGUGACAGGUCCAAGGAUGUCGACAGAGAUCGAGACAGAGGAUUUUCAAGAUCUAAUUAUCGUGAUUCUGACAGAAGCAGAGGUUUUGAUGAUAGAGACAAGGAUGAUAGGAGGGGUUUUAACAGAAGAUAUGAAGAUAGGGAAGAGAGUAUUAUUACAAGAAGUAACAAUAGAAAUGGUAGAGAGGAUAGGGAUUCUGAGUCAGCUAGUUGGGAGCCGCGUCAAAGGCCGAGAUUACAGUUGGCCCCCAGAACAAAACCUCUGGAAAAUCAACCCGCUAUCGAUCCUGCUACAGCAGUGCCUUCUGCCGCCAUUUUCGGCAAUGCCAAACCGGUCGAUACCAGUGAAAGGGAGCGGCAGAUUGAAGAAAAACUUUUGAAGCAGCAGGAUGACAGAUUGAUUGAGCCAGGUCGAGAAAAGCGAGAGGGAAAUAGGGAUGUAAGAAACCAGAGAGAGGGUAGUAGUGAAAGAAAAGAUGAAAGUAAUGAGGACAGGGAAGAAAGUAGGGCAAGAGACAGCAGUAGGGAGAGAAGUUUUCAUCAUAGCAUGGAGAGAAACAAAGAGGAUGACAACAGCAAGAUUAUUGAGCGGGGGAGACCACCAUCCAGGAGAGAAGAAAGUGACGGCGAUUUAUCAGCCAAAGAAAAAAGAGGAGAUGACAAUCGUAUAUCUUCUCAGAGUAGAAAGGAGCAUAAAUCGCCGGCAGAUAACAAAAGAAAAACUGAGAAGCUAAGAAAAGAGGAUAGAAAAGAAAAACAUGAGAAGGAGUUUCCAAAACUUCAAGAGCCAGAACCUCCAAAUUUUGCAGCGAGUAACAAAUUCGCCUUUUUGCAGGAAGAUGAUAAUUCUGAUUAGCAAAAAUGUAAAAUUUUAUGUGUUCUGCUGUAUUCAUAUCCCCUUUACAA